UCCAGAGAUGAGAGGGACACCCGCGCCGUUCUGCUUAUGGACGCCAUUUUUACUCUCGCGGCGGGACCCCGGGCGCGAGUCCUGCAGCGCGCAGCGGCUCGCAUCCCCGGCUGCCUGUACAUCUGCCUUUGGGCGCCGAUGAUCGCCGGCCAGCAGCUCCCUUCCAGGCAUUUGUUUUGCGUGGACGCGUGGAUCUCCAACGGCAGCGUCGCUCGCGCAACGGCGGUGUUUGAUGAGUACCGGAGAGCGCUCUGCGGCAUCGUGAGCGGCUGCGUUCCCGGCUGGGCGUACAAGGACAGCUGCCCGUACAUCGAGCUGCCGGAGGCGGACCUCACGACGUCGGCGUUGCUGCCGGUGCAGCUACAGUUCUACCACGAAGCCGGCACGAAGAUGGCGGUGUUCAUGGGCUGCGACAACGGAGAGAUCGAGGUCGGGUUGUCGUCGAGCACCUCGGCGCCAGCGGGCGACCCACUGCAGGACUCGCUCCUGGAGGAGCUCAUGCAGGCAGCGCCAACGGUGCCUUCGUCUUCAUCGUCCUCCAUGCCGUCCCUCUCCAUCGGGAGCCCCGAGUACUCCUCGCUCAUCCGCUCAAUGGCCACAUCGUCUGCUGCCGCAGCGGCUGCCGCCACCGGCACCACCGAGCCAUCUUCUCAACAACGGCAGCUGCACCGGGCUGUGCCGCUGCCCGGCUUGGCCGCGCCGGUGUACGGCCCACGCGGGCAAGCGCCGUUCCUGGACCCCGACAGCGAGCAGGCUGCAAUGACGCAGGCGAUUCUCGCCGUCAUCUCCUCCUCCGCGCCGCCACCGCUAGCGUCCAUAGCCGUGCCUCCGGCGUCCUCUCCAUGGCUCGUCCGCCACCGGGCUCAGCGGUCGUCGCCGCGGCGUUGGAGGGGGGCGUUCAGGGCGUACAACGCGGCGCUCUCGCCCAGGGCGCGGCCACGGCCUGGCGUGCCGGGGCAGAGGAUGAUCAAGACGUCGAUCGCGCUCAUGGUAAGCUUGCAAAUGGCAAUGCGCCACCGGGAGCUCGCAGAAGCGCGCCAGCAACAUGAAGAUGCCGUCGCCGCCACGCAGCCGCCCACGACGACGCAGCAGCAGCACACCAGCAGCCAGCUUCACCACAUGUUCUCGGAACGGCGCCGGCGCGAGCGCCUGAACGAGAGCUUCCAGACCCUCAGGGCACUGCUCCCUCCCGGAACAAAGAAGGACAAGGCAACUGUCCUUGCGAACACGACGGAGUACAUGAAGAAGCUGAUCGCCGAUGUGUCGGAGCUCGAGGAGAGGAACCGGAGGUUGGAGGCGCAGCUUGGCUUGCCCGGCGAGACCCAGCAAACGCCGAGCGACGACGACCCGUCGGAAAGAGUGGCCGUUGAUGUGACCACCGGCGCAUCGACCUCGAGUUCAACGUCCUGUCGACCUCGGCAAGUGAGUAUUAGGGUGACAGCGCGGGCUGAGUGCGAUCUGUCGGAGGUUGUGGUCGCCAUGCUCGCUCAGAUUAAGGAGAUGGGGCGCUUCACCGUGGUGACCGUCGAUGCUCGGCAGCGGAGCGGCGCCCAUGCACAAGUCGCCAUCAUAUUGCAAGCCACGGGUGGCAACGACGAUCUGGACGAGACAUCCCUCAAGGAAGCUGUCGCGAAGGCUGUCGAGGAUGCGGUGGCAGGACCUUCAUCGCCGCCGUAGGCUGCAGUGGGGGCCCAACGCGACGGAGCCUUUUCUAGCUCCAUCGGCUAGCACAUCAGUUUUGACUCGAUCAGCUAGGACAGACAGCGGAAAGACUACUACUACUGCUGGUGGUGGCAGCGAUGUGUCCGUUUCAAUUGUUUUCCCUGUCUUAUGGUCCUUUAGGUAAGAUUUGACUAGCUCUUGGCGUUGUUGUAGUAGGUAGCUAGGUCAGCCACGAAGGAAGAGGUAAAGAGACAGCAGAUGAUUAGCCACGUAUGCUCACAUCUUGCAGUCUGAGGAUGAUGUUUGUUAUACGACCGUUGUAAAUCUAUUUGUAGCGACGUUUUUACAACCGUUAAUACUAGAGGUCAGUAGCAUGGAUUUUU